GAACUCUGAUAAUACAUUACACUAUAAAAGUACGUACACUAUUAAACGGUUAAACAACUCAUAACAGUUAAACACUACGUACUGCUUGAAUGCCUAGUGCGCAAAAACCACAGAAAUUGUGUUAACGAAGGAAGGUAUACUACUGUAACACCGGUAAUCCCUGAGCCGCAGUUGCACCUCGUGUUUAUUAUUGAGACAUUGCGCACACUUCAUUAGACUCAUCCUGUCCCACAGAGCAGGGCAUCUCCAGCUUUACUCAGGUACAGCAGCUUUGUUUUGUUGAGGGGGUCGUUUUUGUGUGCAAAACAUUAUACAUUAAGGAAUUAGCUGUGAAGGUGAAAACGGAGUUCAUGCCAGAUUUCGAGCAUUUCCGAUUUUCCUACUCUAGAAUGAAUCCCAGUUUGGGUGAGAGCGGGUACGCGGUCCAACAGCCGCAGAAUCCCGGGACGAGUUUAUCAGACACGGAGCCCGGUUACGCAUCAACCGAGCCGGGGUUUUGCUUUGGACAAGAUAGUUUGGAUUCGGGAUCUCUGUCUAACAGCUUUGCGUAUUUACAUCCGAGCGGCUCUCUGCACCGCGCAUCCCUUCCUCCUCUUCCUCUUCUUCCUCCUCCUCCUCCUGCGGCGGCUCUGCGCAACGAUCUGGGCUCCAACAUCAGCGUCCUGAAGACUCUGAACCUGCGAUUCCGCUGCUUCUUGGCCAAAGUGCAUGAGCUAGAGCGCCGGAACAAAGCCCUGGAGAAUCAGCUUCAGCAGGCCAGGGAGGCCAAUAAUAAUGAGACAGGAUGUGGACAAGGUAAACGAAAUAUCCACUCAGGACCAGAGUUUAUAGCGAAUGCAAAUGAUUCUGCAUAUUUAACCAGGACUACACUUAAUGGCACCGGACACUUCAUGCCCAGAAACAAGAUACUGGCUGGAAAUUUGGACUCAGCAGGUAUGAUGGACUCAAAUUCCAAUCUUUCCCCACCUCCCCCCCUUAACCCUGUAUCUCCAGUUGAUCCCAAGUCCAUCUCGAGUAUCAGCGGAACAGAAAGGUUUGCCAGCUCCACUCCUCAGGCUCUUCCCUCCUCAAUUUGGUUUCACAACCCCCCUGGAAGGUUCAACAACAGCUGGGAGUUGAGGGUUUCGGGUCCCAGAGUGUCAUGGCCAUACCAGGAUGGGGUUGGGGUUCAGAUCGACACCAUUACACCGGAACUCCGGGCCCUUAAUAAUGUACUGGCCAAAGUGAAGCUGGAAAGGGAUGAAUACAAGCAAAGGUGGGAGGAGGAGUAUGCAGUAAGAGUGGACCUACAGGAGAAGAUUGCAGAACUAGAAGAGGACCUGUACAUGAGCGAGAUGUGUCAGGAUAAGCUUGCUCUCCGAGUAAAGCAGCUGAAGGCUGAGCUCAUCGUCUUCAAGGGCCUCAUGAGCAGCAACCUCUCAGAGUUGGACAGUAAGAUCCAAGAGAAGGCCAUGAAGGUAGACAUGGACAUAUGCCGUCGGAUUGACAUCACUGCACGCCUGUGCGAUGUAGCCCAGCAACGGAACUGUGAGGACAUGACUCAGAUCUUCCAGCAGGUGGCUACACCUCCCUCAACAUUGACCCGCUGUCAUUGCAAACAGGCCUCACAGACCAAUAAGCCCAACCAUGGUGAGGACUCGGUCAACAGUUCUGAGAACGAGGAGGGCAUGAACAAAGAGGCAGAGCUGUGUGGCUCAUUGACCAAUCCAAUUAAUGAAGAAAUGCAGAGGAUGCUCAACCAACUGCAUGACUGUGAGUUUGAGGAUGACUGUGAUAGUCUGGCAUGGGAAGAAACAGAAGAAACGUUACUGCUCUGGGGAGAUUUCCCAGGAUGCACAUUAGCUGUGGACAGUAAUGGGGAGCAGGAUGAGUCCAUAGAGACUGUGAUAAAGGACACAGAGUCUAUGUUCAAGUCUCGUGAGAAGGAAUACCAAGAGACCAUAGACCAGAUUGAGCUGGAGUUGGCAACAGCAAAAUCAGAUAUGAACAGGCACCUGCAUGAGUACAUGGAGAUGUGCAGUAUGAAGAGGGGCCUGGAUGUGCAGAUGGAGACAUGUAGGAGGCUCAUCACUCAGAGCGGAGACAGAAAAUCUCCCCUUCCAAUUUCUGUGACUUUGGAGGAUGCAGAGGAAGGAGAUAAAGAAGGCAAGUCUUCUCUCAGACGAUGCCAGCAUUGAGUCAUGCUGUGACAAAAAAAUCUAAAUAACCCUCCUGUUGCUCACCUACCUUGGACAAAGUCCUAACACACUUUGUCUAUAGAACAGUUAUUUUCUUUGACACCACCUACACAUUAUACCGAGGUUGGGGCAAAACCUCAAAUAUCUUACCUACCAUAGUUUCACAAAAGACACUAGUGCCCUCCAUUGGCACAGAUUAUUAUUACAUGCUAACAAUUUAUUCAUAAUUUACUUGAAUACCACUUUAAAGCUACAAGAUGUAGCUUCCCUUCUAAUAAAAUGCUACUUGCAGAAGAAUAUUUCAUAACACGGGUUGUGAUGUGUCACGCAAAACAAAGACGUGUCUGGAUGGAAGAAUCAUUGACACUUCAAAGCCAGAGAAGAAGAAAUUGCUUCAAACUAGAGAUGUAACCAAAUAUGGAUACAAAUUUGAACAAAAGGCGAAAUAUUUUUUAAAAAUUGAUUUACAAAGCUUCAGACUGGGUGUGUGCAUUCGGACUAGGAUCACACAGGAGGUUUUUACUUUUAUGUGGAGCUUUAAAGGACAGCCUGGGAAGCCUGUGGGGAGGGUUGCCAGAUUUCAGGAAAAUCCCAACCCAACAAAAACUUGAAACUAUCCCAAAGUAUUCAAGUGUAUGUUUUUGUGAAUAUUUUGGGGGGAACAACUUAACAGUGGUGUGCGUUUCUGAUUUGCCUUCUAUACCUGCAAUAUGUGGACAUUUUACGCUGCACCUGGCAACCAAUUUUGACUGCCAGAAACACUUUAAGUGCUUUAUCAUAGAUGAUCUGAUGACGUGUCCAGUGAACGUUUCUGAUCUUUCUAGAAGACAACAAACUGAAGUAAAUCUGGUCAGAUAUUAUUAGAUGGUUAUUGUUGUCAACUGUAGCAUAGAUAAUAAUAAUUCUUGAUUUGGGAAAGACUUCAUUGCUUUGAAAUGUAAUUAGCUUACUUACUUAGUCAUAGUAGACCGAACAUAGAAAGCUUUGCACAGGACAUCUGGUUCAUGAGUUCAAUACUGUUAUGUUCACAAAUUCCUAUUUGUUGUUAUAAUUUGUGAAUGAAAAAAUGACUUAUUUUUCCAACUGCCCUGUUUUUUCAGUGUUUUGACCAGUGUUUCCAAGGCACAUGGCAAAGUUAACAUUACAAAACGUAAAUUAUAGACCAUGCCCACUGCUGGUUUAACUCCAAAUAAGAAAACAGAUACCAAUAUUUUGAGCACUAAACAGACACAGAUGCAAAUACAGAUAAUGGCAUUGCAUUACACCCCUACUGCACACAGGAGAAAGCUUAGAGACAUGUGCACUACUGGCUAAUACACAAGGUCUUGUUGAAGGAGAACAGAUUGCCUCUGUUAUGAUCUGUAAGCAUGCUGCAGAUGAAGGGAUCUGUUCUGAAACUAACUUGCAAAAUGACAGGUUAAGCACAAUUAUGCUGCCUGUAGUAAACCUGUCUGUAAUAUUUUGAGGAGCCCAUCGAUAGUAAAAUAGCAUUAAUAUACAUUGCCUUGCAUACAUAUUGACCCCUUUGAGCUUUUCCACAUUUUGUACGGUUAUAAACUGACUUAAUUGGGAUUUUAAGCCAUUUUAUAUUAGAAAACAUGUCCAAAAUAUUUGCACAAUAGGUUUAUUGUGACACAAAGGUUCACUUUAAAAAGCAGACAUUUAUUUGUAACUUUGGCAGUAUGCUUAGGGUCAUAGUGCUAUUGGAAGGUGAACCACCACCUCAGAAACAGAUUUUCUUCUAGGAUUGCUGUGUAUCUGGUUUCAUCCAUCUAGCACUCAGCCCUGACCAGUUUUAGAGCCCCUGCUGAUGAAAGGCAUCCUCACAACAUGAUGCCGCCACCACCAUGUUUCACUGUGGGGAUGGUCUUUUCAAGGCUUCUUGC